AUGCAUGGUAGCUCGCAGGGUGGCCGACAGAUCCCAGAUAGCAGGAUCAUUGUGAGGACCAGAUACAGUGAUGAACUGAGGCAGAGACGACGAGGCUCAGGGGUAUUCUGUGCCAACUGUCUGACCACCAAGACCUCGCUGUGGAGGAAGAAUGCCAACGGGGGAUAUGUGUGCAACGCGUGUGGCCUCUAUCAGAAGCUCCACUCAACUCCCCGGCCGCUGAACAUCAUCAAGCAGAACAACGGCGAGCAGAUCAUCCGCCGGCGCACUCGGAAGCGCCUCAACCCCGACCCUCUGCCCUCCGAACCUGUGGGCUCCAAGCAGCAGCGGGUCAACAGCGAGGAGCGCCUUAAUGGCAGUCCCCUGGAGCGUCGGCCAGGAGAGGAUGGGCCAGGCUCAGACGGAGGGUCCAUCCCUCGCGGAGGGGAGCCCCCGAACGCCCUGGGCAAGUACGAGGCCUACGGCUCCUCUGGGGCUAAGGGCCACCCCAGCCCUCGCUCCACCCAUGCCUUCUUGGUCAGCCAGACCCUAGAGAUCCACAAGCGUAUGCCUCCUUUGCACAUACACAACAAGAACCCUGCGGAGGGAGGGGCGGAGGGGAACGGGGUGGGCUCAGCCGGGGUCCAUCACAUGGGCUCGGAGGGGAAAGGCGGCUCGGCCUCCGAGAGGGGUAGCCCCAUCGAGAAGUACAUGCGCCCUUCCAAACAGGCUAGCUACUCGCCACCAGGCAGCCCCAUCGAGAAGUACCAGUACCCGUUCUUCAGCCUGCCCUUUAUCCACAACGACCUGCAGAGCGAGGCCGACUGGCUGCGCUUCUGGACUAAGUAUAAGAUGUCUGUGCCGGGCAACCCACACUACCUAGGCCACAUGCCUGGUCUGCCCAACCCUUGCCAAAGCUUUGUGCCUUACUCCACCUUCAGCCUGCCCUCACACUUCCCUUCCCCACCCCCCGCCGGCCCCGAGAGUGACAUCCCUCUCGACCUGGCCAUCAAACAUUCCAAACCGGCCCCCACCGCCAACGGCUCCACCGCCGCUGCCAAGGAGAGGAUUAGCAGCGCCGACACACGGGCCUUGCCCACUGUCCCACCGUUAGAGAAGGAGAAAGAGAAAGAGAGAGAGCAGCAUGAGAGAGGAGAGGAGAAGGAGGAAGUAGAAGAGGGGCCAUCGCCCCAGCCAGCUCCUCCUCCCCCAGCCGUUGCAGCUAAGCCGGAGAGGGUGGACCAGAGCACGCAGGACGAGCUGACCUGCAAGUGCAUCCACUGUGGCAUCGUCUUCCUGGAUGAGGUGAUGUAUGCCCUACACAUGAGCUGCCACGCCGACGGAGGGCCCUUCCAGUGCAGCAUCUGCCUGCACUCCUGCGCAGACAAGUAUGACUUCACCACACACAUACAACGAGGGCUUCACCGGCCCACCGCCGAAGCUGAGACUAAGGCCGAUGCUCCAAUGGACUCUGUGUGAUUUUGGUGCGACCCACAGACUUGGAAUUCUAGCACAAGCAUAGCAGUAUGAAAAAGAACUCUAUGGACAAAAACAACGUACUGUAAUGAUUGAAUGAGACUUUUUGCUAAAUGUGCCAUGAUAGCUUCUGUGCCUCCGCAGCCAGUGUAGGGAACUAAUAUCAUUUAAACAUUUAUAUUGGACCUAAUACAGAAAAAGUGAUUUGCUAUUUUCUUUUUUUUUUGUAAAGGAAAACGCUUUUGAAGAAAAUGGUACCACAAGUAGCCGCUUAUUUUAGUGUUUUUCGUUUUUUUUGCUAUUGUUAAUUUUUUUCUUCAGAAGUGUUACUUUGACAAGGCAGUUCAGUAAACAACAAGGUACAUCUACAUGUUUUUGGGAUUGGUUUAUUAUUCAGUGGGUUGGUUGUGCUACUCAUCAAUGUUCUCUUACCUGGUUGAUUCAAUGUUCCGUACAGAAUGAGGAUGUGUGAAUUGAUAUGUAAAGUGAGGAAAUGGGAAAUGUCAGUCGUCUGUCAUAAUCUCAUCCCCGAUGGAUGGGCAGAGCGAUGACUAAUGAUUGGAUUGUCCUCAAAUAAACGUCCUCAGGGAACGCACGUGGCUGAUUUAGAAACAUAGCCUGCAGUGGUUUCAGUCGCAUUGGUCUCUGCUUAACAUCCAUCUAAGUGUCUUAUGUUUUAAUGUAUUUUAGUUAUGGCUACAGCUUGUUUUUUGUUAGUUUUUUUGGGAAGACUGUUGUCACAGAAUUUCCUCUAGACAUUUUAAGUUGCUAGGAUGCAAACCUUAUAUCACUAAAGACAUUUGGGAAGGAAAUAAAAUAAUAAAAUACAUAUUUUUUUCUAUGUUGUUAAUAUGAAAAAUGCAUAAUAUCAGUGCCUGAUAUAUUGUACAAAGUAUUUUCUACCUGGUAUGUUGAUAUGCAACAUUGACUUUCCAUUUGAGUAAAGGGCCACGAGCUUGGCUCUGCAAAACUGUUUACAUUUGCAAAUGUAGCAAACAAGGUAAUGAAGCAAAAUGCCUGCAAUUCUUAGUAUUUUUCUCUCAUGAGGACAGGACGAUAGAUCACGUAAAAAAAACCGAGGCCUUUUGUCAGAAGGUUGAAUGGGAGAUGAAAUGGAGUCAAAGUAUUUUUUCUGUUUGUUUGAAUGCCACAGAGAGGCACUAUCCAUUCCAUGUCUUUCUUUCUUUGUAUGCUCCUCCUCGUACACAUUGUAAUGCUUUAUAGUCUACAGAUGCUUUGUAUUGGACUUUGUUCAUCCUGUAUGUAUUUUUUGUAAGAGAAGCUGAUGUAGCUUGGUCAUAAAUCAUGUACUGUGAGCAUUAUAGCUUUGGGCAUCAUGGGUUUUCCUGUCCAGGUAUUUCAACUGACUAUAUCGUACACAAGGCCCAUUUUUUGUAUCUCUAUUAAAUUGAAAUUGAUAUAAUACUCUAAUAUUUGGUUUUUAGUAAGUCUUAUUUUUAAGGACUUAAUUUGAACAUAGCAUGAAUUUCUACUUGUUCCAUAGACAGGUGAAACAGGUGCCUUUUGACGGAAAUAAGUCAUUGAAUAUCAACAAUGUUGAAUGCUUUUCCCAUCAAAUCAGCUGUUGUAUAACUCAUCCAAGUAAUUGACAGGAUGUAGAUGGAUUAAUACCAUUUGAGUGACAAAACAAAUACUACUUCCACACAGUUAUCACACAGCAACAUUACCCCUCUGUAGCUUGUUUGUAUUUUGCUUGUAGACAACGUAUUUAGCCUCUAAAACACUCCCCCAAAAACCUGUUUCUCUCUCUGUCCUCUCACUCUCUUUCUCUCUCGUGUGUGCGUACUGUGUACGUCCACCCAUUGCUGCUGCUGCGUCUAGCAUGAGUUCAAUCUAAACUGUCCAUCCUUAGAUACACAUACUUAUUUAUACAUGAGCAGCGGGGAACGAAAAGAGAGUCUGCCUGGGAUUCACAAACAAGGAUUUGUGUGAAGUAGCGAUGAACUCAACAUAGCCUUACAAUGCUGCUUUACUGCAAAUGCCUCUCGGAAAACAAAAAACUGUAAUAUUAGUAAUAAGAUUCACAGGUGCAUUUAUCAUAUGAUACCGAAUAACAUAAGGAACUAUUUUUCUUUUUGUGUUCAAUUUGCGAAGUUUUAAUUUGAAAUAUGUUAACGCUUGCACUUCAGUUAUUCUGUUUUAUUGCCAAGGAAGAAAGAGGAUACUGUUAAAUUUGUUAUUAGCAUGCUAUACACAGGUACUGCAAAAAUAAUUAGCAGGAGUGAACAUGCCUAUAAGGAGGACAAGACAAAGAAACACCAUGGACAGAAAGAAUUAUCUGUGCCAAGAAGAUGCCAGUAAGCCAGUGUGGACACGGACAUGGCAAAAAAGGCAAAUGUUUUUGUAAAUGUUUUAACCAUAAUUUUUAGAAUGUUGUUUCUUGUUUUUACACUUUAUUGCAUAGAAGAUGGGUUUAGAUUAUUUGUUUCUUUAUUUUGUUUUUUCUGCUACCACCUUUACGUUUUUGUGUUGUAGGUUUUACAUGCAAACAAUUCAACAAAGAUGGCAAAGAUGUCUGUUACAUCUAAACUUGAAUAAUAAUGAUAAUAAUAAUAAUAAUUAAUAAAGUA